AUGCCCUUCGGGCUGAAGAAUGCAAGAGUAACCUACCAGAGGUUAGUGAACAAGAUGUUCAGUAAGCAAAUUGGCAAGAAUAUAGAGGUGUAUGUGGAUGAUAUGCUUGUCAAGAGUAGAGAAGAACUUGCCCACCUAGACGACCUGAAGGAGACUUUUGCCACCCUCAGACAAUACCAAAUGAAGUUGAAUCCCAGCAAACGUGCCUUUAGCGUAUCCUCGAAGAAAUUCUUGGGAUUUAUGGUGUCCCAAAGGGGGAUAGAAGCAAAUCUGGAGAAGGUGCAGGCCAUACUCAACAUGACAUCGCCCAAGACCGUCAAAGAGGUACAAAAGCUCACAGGGAGGAUUGCAGCUUUCAACAAGUUCGUCUCUAGAGCAACGGACAAAUGCAUACCCUUCUUCAAGACCUUGAAGCAGGCCUUUGCCUGGACUGACGAAUGUGAAGCAGCCUUUCAAGAACUCAAACGAUACCUGAGUAAUCCACCCCUCUUGAGUCCAUCCAAGGAAGGGGAAAAUUUAUAUUUGUAUUUGGCAGUCUCAACCACGGUCGUAAGCACAGCCCUCAUUCGAGAAAAGGAAAGAAAGCAACUCCCAGUUUACUACAUCAGUCAAGCUUUCCAAGGUGCAGAAGCUAAGUACCCCAGGAUUGAAAAAAUUGCCUUCGCGUUAAUAGUGGCCUUGCCCAUUAAGGUGCAAGCCUUAGCGGACUUCAUCACCGAGUUCACCCUUUCGGACAAUGACAACUUUACCAAUGAAAUAGAGCGGCAAACAGUACAGACCAAUAGUUCGUCAGCCCAAAGGAAGGGGGGAGUAGGGGUCGUCAUAACCACCCCUGACAGAGAAGUGCUCAAAUAUGGAGUUCAACUAAAAUUCCCGGCUACCAAUAAUGAAGCUGAGUACGAAGGAAUACUGACAGGAUUAAGGCUUGGUAAGGCACUCGGAGCUAAGAACUUGCUAGUCCAGAAUGAUUCAAAGCUCGUGAUAGGGCAAAUUAAGGAAGAAUACGAAGCAAAGGAGGAGCGAAUGCAGAGAUACCUCAGACUAACGAAACAUUUGACUCAGAACUUUGAUAAUGUAGAAUUUAUACAGAUUCCCAGAAGCCAAAACAUGGUAGUAGACGAAGUUGCGAAGCUAGCCUCGUUGGAAGAAGGAGCGAUGAGCAUGGGCCUGAUGACGGAGGUCCAGAAACGCCCCAACAUUGAAGAGAUCGCCACUUUCGCAAUCCAGAGCGUAGGUAGCUGGAUUACAUCAAUCAUAUCCUUUCUUCAGGAUAGGCAUUUCCUUCACAAUGUCGAGGAAGCCAGAAAGAUCAGGAGGAGAGUAGCCAAAUUCACGAUUCUUAACGACACACUAUACAAGAGAGGGAUCAAGAACCAGUUCUCAUCCCCGAGACAUCCACAGGCAAACGAACAGACGGAGGUAAUGAAUUGGACACUGCUCAAGAUAAUCAAGGCCAAGUUAGAGGAUGCAAAAGAUGCCUGGCUGGAAGAAUUGCCCAGCAUCUUGUGGGCCUAUAGGACCACGGCAAGAACCCUUACAGGAGAAACCCCCUUCCGACUCACCUACAGUACUGAGGCAGUAAUCCCAGUUGAGAUGGGAAUAACUAGCACCAGGCGAGAAAUGUUCCAUGAGAAAGAUAAUGACGACCAGCUACGAGUCAACCUAGAUUGCUUAGACGAAGUGAGAGAGAAAACCUUUGACAAGAUGACGAAGUACCAAUAG